AUGGGUAAACGAGACGUCGACGACGAUGAUGAUGACGACGGAGGCAAGAGGCGGAAAGCUUCUGGUGGAUUCUCGGACCAUGCUCCGCCGGAUGAUGGCCAGUCUGCUGAAAUCCAGCUGGACCAGAUGCUUGCUGGUGGAGCAGGGCUUGCAGGGCUUGGAAUGGGCAUGCCCGGCAUGGGUAUGCCCGGCAUGGGCAUGCCCGGCAUGGGCAUGCCCACGCCCGGCUUGUCGGUACCAGGUGCGAGCGCCGCGCCGGAACUGGAUCCUUUGAAGCCAGCCACUACACCCAUGGACUUUUCCAAGCUCGGGGCGAACAUGCCCAGUCAAGAGUUCCCCGUGCCCAGAGACAUGGUGGAGUACCUCAUGACUCCUGAGCACCGCCAGAUACUGCUGGAGGAGACGGGAUGCGAUGUGGAUUGGGCACCUGACGAGUCCAAGGUCCAGUUGAAAGGGUCCGCCGAACAGAUCCGAAAGGCCCAGCGACUGCUCCAGCGUGUGCUCAUGCACUGCAACUGGGGCCGCAGCGAGGCCAAGGUCCGCCGGCUGCUGAAACCCAAGAUUAUCGAGUCGGCAGUGCUGCGGCUGUCGCCGAUGAAUACACUGCCUGCUGGGCAGAAGACGCUCAGUCAGACACAGCCUGUGAUCUCAAUCGGCAAGGACAAAAAGGCGAAUGACAUCGUGAUCCCUGCAGCCAUUGUCUCGCGACAGCACUGCGUCCUCGAGCUGGACAUCGAUCGGGGUGCCAUCUACGUGAUUGACUGCAGCACGAACGGCACCUUCCUGAAUGGCCUGCGGCUACCACCGAAGACCACGGGCAAGGUCCUGGUUUCGCAUGGUGACGAACUCCUGCUGCAAGACCCGGCCAAUGACCAGGAGUUCGGCUAUGUUGUGAACAUUCAGGAACUGAACGUGCGAGAGCAGACGAAGUUACAGGCUCCACGGCGCCUCCUUUCGACUGAGGAGUCCGCAACCAUGGGCCGUGACUUCCAAUGA